GGUUUUAUCACUUUUAUUCGUCUCGCGGGAACUGGUUUUUAAUUCAAAAGUCAAAAAAGAAUAAAUAAGAAAAUCUAAAAUUAAAUUCUGGUGUUAUGGCUGCAACUCGUCGCCUCCAUAAGGAGUUAGCUGACAUAAAGGCGUCCGGCUUAAAAUCUUUUAGGGAUAUACUGAUUGACGAAACAAAUAUUUUGGUUUGGACAGGAGUGAUUGUACCGGAAAAUCCACCUUAUAACAAAGGAGCUUUUCGCAUCGAAAUAACGUUUCCCGCAGAAUAUCCCUUUAAGCCACCAAAAAUAUGUUUUAAGACGAAAAUUUACCAUCCAAAUAUUGAUGAAAAAGGUCAGGUUUGUCUACCGAUCAUUAGUGCUGAAAAUUGGAAGCCAGCUACUAAAACUGAUCAAGUAAUUCAAGCACUAGUCGCUUUGGUGAACGAUCCCGAACCAGAGCAUCCCUUACGUGCUGAUUUGGCAGAAGAGUACUUGAAAGACCGUAAGAAGUUUAUAAAAAAUGCAGAAGAAUAUGUGAAGAAACACUCGGAAAAGAGACCUGCUGAUUGAAACUACACAUUUAUUUAAAUUCAAUUCUACUGAAAUAUUUUGUAGGACACAAAAUUUUCAUUUAUAUUAAAAAACUACAGCAUCGUUUCUUGAUAAAUUGAA